AUGAUAUGCACCUUUGACGACACAACUUUCUCACUCGUCAUCUUCUCUGCCAUUCCCCCCACCGCUGAUCCAUUACUUGAUUCCAACAUUCUCACCUUGUUCCCACAUCUCCGAAUCUGGCUCAUCCUCGUUCAGGUGUUGUUGUUGGAAAAUUAUUCUUUGAAUAUGAAUGAAUCGAUUCUGGUUUUGGAACUGGUGCACAGUCAGUAUGGUUUGCAGGGUAAUUUUGAUGGUUACUUUGGAUGUGGUUUGGAGACAAGCUUAAAUGUGGUGCAGUUUGAGUAUGUUGUUGGAACCGGGCAAUUUAAUCUUUCCAUGUUCUGGUUUGUACAACUUAGACAGGGUGCCUUUAAAACGUGA